AUGUCCCAUGCCAGGUUGUUUGCCAGGCUGCUGUUGCAGCAGAGUGGAGUUAGGCACUGUUACACAGGAUCAAGAAAACACCUGUACAUCAAUAAGGACACUAAAGUCAUCUGCCAAGGGUUCACAGGGAAGCAGGGAACAUUUCACAGUCAGCAGGCUCUUGACUAUGGCACCCGGUUAGUGGGGGGUGUCUCACCAGGAAAGGGAGGAAAGGAGCACCUUGGCCUGCCAGUCUUUAACUCAGUCAAAGAAGCUCGAGAGGGCACUGGGGCAGAUGCCACGGUGAUUUAUGUGCCCCCACCGUUUGCGGCGGCGGCCGUCAUUGAGGCCAUUGACGCAGAGAUGCCCCUGGUGGUGUGCAUUACUGAGGGCAUCCCCCAGCAGGACAUGGUGCGAGUCAAGCACAAGCUGCUGCGCCAGGGCACCACACGCCUCAUAGGCCCCAACUGCCCCGGAGUCAUCAAUCCUGGAGAGUGCAAAAUAGGGAUUAUGCCUGGUCACAUUCACAAGAAAGGAAGGAUUGGUAUCGUGUCCCGAUCAGGCACAUUGACAUAUGAAGCUGUCCAUCAAACCACGCAAGUGGGCCUGGGACAGUCACUCUGCGUGGGGAUUGGCGGCGACCCUUUCAAUGGCACGAAUUUCAUAGACUGUCUGGAAGUGUUCCUCCAGGACCCAAAGACCGAAGGCAUCAUUCUGAUCGGCGAGAUAGGAGGCAACGCCGAGGAGAACGCGGCAGAAUACCUUAAACAGCAUAACUCGGGCGCUGAUGCCAAGCCAGUGGUGUCCUUCAUUGCGGGGCUCACGGCUCCUCCCGGGCGCAGGAUGGGCCACGCUGGCGCCAUCAUUGCUGGUGGAAAGGGCGGAGCCAAAGAAAAGAUAGCAGCCCUGCAGUCGGCUGGAGUAGUGGUCAGCAUGUCCCCUGCUCAGCUGGGCAGCACCAUGUUCAAGGAGUUUGAGAAGAGGAAGCUGUUGAGCUAA